AGGGUUUGGCCGAAUUUUUUAAAUAAUUCUGUAAACCACAAACAUAAUGCUGCAUAAUGUUUGAUAAUAAUAACUAGUGAAAAACGUACUUUAGAUUAGAUAAAACACAACCAAAAUGAAUGUAUUGAUCUUUGUGACUGCAUUAAAAAUUAAAUAAGUGUCGCAGUGUAUUUUAGUAAAAAUGCCAAACUACAAAAUUCUCUCUGAAGAGGCAUUAGAACAAUUAAUUUGUUCCGACUGUAACAAAUACGUGUCAUUUGGGACUCCCAGAAUCGGAGGCGAAAAAAUUAUUUGUCAGCGUUGUGACCAAAAAGACGGUGUUCUACCUUUUUUUAACAAAACUGUUGCCACGUAUUUAUUCCCCUGUAUUAAUCGUUUUGAUAGUUGUGAUGAAUUAAUCUGUUACACAAUGGUGGAAGAACACGAAAAAAAAUGUAAAUUUGUUGCCAUCCACGAGUGUAGCGAGUGUGAUUACAGGGGAAACGGUUGUCAACUCUAUCACCAUUUCCUGAAAAAACAUCCUGACAACUUUCUAGAAUACCCCGAGUUUAGUGUCGAUUUACUCGAAAAGAAAAACUGGAAUUACUUAUAUCGGGUCGGCAACCACUUAUUUUUUAUUGCCUACCAAAUUCUUCCACAUCGUAGAGUUUUGAAAUUGUCCAUGAAUUGCAUUGGACGAAACAAAGAAACCACCAAAUGCCAAAUUAUUCUAAAAUCAUUGACCUCGAAUAAAGAAUACUUUCGAAGCAGUGAAGAAAAUUUUCUUGAGGAAAAAAUCGAUAUUUUAGAACAUUUGGAAAAGAACAAAGAAAACGUGGUGGCGUGUCUGUUGAAGGUAAAACGGGGUGCAGAAUUAUUCACUUACAGAAGUAACAAGCCAGAACGUCAAGUUAAACAAAUAGUGAAAGCCCUCAACAAAAAUCUGUUCCCCAAACUGCUUUGCCCCUGUGGUAGUUUCGUGCUGCCCCCGAUUCUGAAAUGCCCCUCCAACCACGUGCAGUGCGAGUCUUGCGCCACCUCCUAUUGCCCCCUUUGCAGCGACGUGGUAAAUUGGUCGCGAGCCCCCGAUUUGGAGGCCUUCCACGACAUCAUCCCCCUCCCCUGUCGCUGGCAGUGCGAAACCCUGUUACUCCACCCGGAAUUGCGUUCGCACGAAAAAACUUGUAGCAAAAGACUUUACAAGUGUAUCGAAAAGUGGUGUUCAUGGAGUGGAAGUUUAAACGAGCUUAUGAGACAUUGGCACAGCUCCGAGCCGGUAUAUGACCGUGCUCACCAAGUGUACGGCUUCAGCGAAGGCCUCGUUGAAUUCUAUUUGGUAUACAACAAUGAACUGUUUUAUUUAAGAAUGGAUCCGUUGAAGAAUUCAGGCAGAAAUUUUCAUGUAAGGAAAGUUUCGAAUGUGGAGACGAGAAAUGAGGCAUACGCGGCGAGCGUGGUGCUGAGGCAUAACUGCGAUGGGGUGGCAAUGGAGAAAAAUGCCGUCCUUAAAUUUGGGGGAAUUACCCGGCUGGGGAAGAGCUAUUUCAGCCACUUUGGGGAGUGCAAAAAUUAUAAAAUUAUCUUUAACCUGCAGCUGACAUAACGGGGGGAUUUACCCGAUUUGUCGCUUAUCAUUUUUAAUCGCUAAGUAGAUAAUACAACUUGUGAAUUAAUUAAUAAAUAAUAUUUAAUUAUU